AUGGCACUCAUCCCUCGACCAUCACUUGAGCCCAGAAUUCCCUCUCUGGUACCGUCACAAGCACUGUUCCAGACAUAUCCUUCGGGCCAUGAUAGACGGGUCGAUGUUAUGACCUCGCGCGUCUCCUCCUCGACCUCGUCCGCGCCUCCGCGUCCCUCCUUAAGCCAUCGACGAUUCUCCAGGCGCCAAUCCACCGUCUCUAGUAUCGAGCAUGGCGACGACCUACCCCCCAUCACACCGCAAGACCAGGCAAUCACCGAAGAGAUAGCCGAGAUCAAGAGAUACGAAGAUUUCACCACCAUUGAUUGGGUCCAAGAUGCUGCUCAGGAACAACUCCGCAGAAGCGCCAGACGGAGAGAGAGCAAGUUCUUUGCCAGGGAUGGAGCCUUGGGAUGGCGGCGCAAGAUCUGGGAAGCAUAUGAUGCUGCACAAGCCUGGGUCGUCAUCACAUUGGUGGGUAUUGUUAUUGGGUUGAAUGCUGCCGCUCUGAACAUCAUCACGGAAUGGUUAUCAGACGUCAAGCUGGGAUACUGCACCACGGCUUGGUAUCUCAACGAAGGCUUUUGCUGUUAUGGCGCUGAACAGGGAUGCGUUGAGUGGAAGAGGUGGACUUCGUUCACAGUCGCCAACUAUUUCAUCUACGCCAUCUUUGCAGUCCUGCUGGCUUUUGUCUCCGCCUUUCUCGUCAAGGCUUAUGCGCCCUAUGCUGCUGGUUCAGGCAUUUCCGAGAUCAAAUGUAUCAUUGCUGGCUUCAUCAUGAAGGGAUUUCUCGGUUUCUGGACCUUUCUCAUCAAGUCGAUAUGUUUGCCUCUGGCUAUCGCCUCAGGCUUGUCGGUUGGCAAGGAAGGGCCUAGUGUCCACUACGCCGUGUGCGUGGGGAAUGUCAUCUCAAGAUUUUUCAGCAAAUAUAGGGACAGCGCUUCCAAGACCAGGGAGAUUCUCACAGCAACCGCCGGUGCUGGGGUGGCAGUCGCCUUUGGUAGUCCCAUUGGCGGUGUGCUUUUCUCCCUCGAAGAGAUGGCUACACACUUCCCUCUCAAGACGCUUUGGCGAAGCUACUUUUGCGCUUUGGUCGCCACGGCUGUGUUAAGCGCGAUCAACCCUUUCCGGACCGGACAGCUGGUCAUGUUUUCCGUCAAGUACGACCGAGACUGGCACUUCUUCGAAGUCGUCUUUUACAUCAUCCUGGGCAUCUUUGGUGGAUUAUAUGGCGCCUUUGUCAUCAAGUACAAUCUCAUGGCCCAGUCCUUCAGAAAAAAGUAUCUGUCCAACUUUGCCAUUCCUGAAGCAGUUGUGCUUGCAGGUGCCACGGCGCUCCUCUGUUACCCCAACAUGUUCCUCCGGAUCGACAUGACAGAAAUGAUGGAAAAGCUGUUCCGUGAGUGCGAGGCCGACUAUGAUUAUGAUGGACUGUGUGAGCCCAAGAAUCGCUGGUCUCUGGUGGCCUCCCUGUUGGUUGCCACCAUAUUGCGCGUCUUUCUUGUCAUUAUUUCGUACGGCUGCAAAGUGCCAGCCGGUAUUUUUGUGCCUUCCAUGGCCAUCGGGGCUUCAUUUGGUCGAAUGCUGGGCAUCAUCGUGCAAUGGCUGUAUGAAACAUUUCCAGAUUCACAGUUCUUUGCUUCUUGUCAGCCAGAUGUCCCAUGCAUUACCCCCGGGACAUACGCCUUCCUGGGAGCCGGCGCAGCCUUGAGUGGCAUCAUGCAUUUGACCAUUUCUGUCACUGUCAUCAUGUUUGAACUGACAGGGGCUCUGACCUAUAUUUUGCCCACGAUGAUUGUUGUUGGCGUGACCAAGGCUGUGGGCGACCGCUUUAGCAGUGCGGGUAUUGCAGACCGGAUGAUCUGGUUCAACGGCUUUCCAUUCCUUGACAACAAAGAAGAGCACUCUUUCGGCGUGCCUGUAUCGCGGGUCAUGACGAACAUGGUGAGCUUGCUUCCUGCAUCAGGCAUGGAAAUCAAGGCCAUCCAAAAGCUGCUGAGCGACACCAGCUAUUCGGGAUUUCCCGUGGUGGAGGAUCGAGAAUCCAAGGUGUUGCUGGGCUAUAUUGGGAGAACCGAACUCCAAUACGCUAUCGACCGAGCGAAAAAGCAGGGAAACCUAUCUUCUGACGCCAAAUGUACUUUUGUGACUUCAUCUGAGGAUGAGGAAGAUACAGGAGCGCCUCUUAGUCCUGCCGUGACCUUUGAUGCGAUGGCCAUUCAAAAUGCCGAUUUCAGCUCCUUUGUCGAUCGAACGCCCAUCACAGUACAUCCGAGACUGCCUCUGGAAACAGCCAUGGAGCUAUUCAAAAAGAUGGGGCCUCGGGUCAUCUUGGUGGAUCACCAUGGCCGCUUGGAGGGUCUUGUGACGAUCAAAGACUGUCUGAAAUUCCAAUUCAAGGCUGAAGCACAAGAGCAUGCAGCAGCAGCUCUGCGAGACGAAUCUAUUGCACACAAUGAGAGAUUUAUUGAUGUCCUACGGCGAAUUGGGGACGCGAUUGCAGACAAGAUCAACAAUCUUUCUCGAGGACGUUUAAAACUCAGCCCGCGCAUGGCUCGGGGUGGAGCGGGCCGCUGGUCGAGGGUGGCAGGGGAGGAUGAUCAUGGAGACGACUAUACUAAUGACUAUCACAAUGAAGCGGAAAUACUGGAUGGAACUGAAGACAUAACAGAACAUGGAGUAGAGAUGGAUCACCGUUGACAGAGACGGCAGGGGAGCAGGUGAGGGAGCACCCCUCCAUGUACAUUAUCAUUAACAUUAACGACUGUUUUAUCUUGAGCAUUCACUGUUUUCUGGAUUCUGGAAGCUGCUCGUG